AACAAACCUAAUCUUGACGUAACCCUUCUUCCUCCUUUCUCCUUUCUCCUUCCUCCUUCCAUCAACUACACAAUCCGUCUCCUGUUCUUGUCAUGUUGCAGCCUGCAAAACCGCCGGUGCGUAGGACGUACGGCAGGCGCUCAGCGCCGUCGCCGCCACGCACGAGCAUGCUCUUCACACCACCCCCAUCCUCCCCGAGUCUGUCGUCGCACGAGGAGCCUCUCUCGCCCAGUCGUGCGACUCUGCUAUCAUCUUCCCCCACCCCCUUGAAGCGCAUACUCGACUCUGAUCCGAUCGAGCCUCCACUCAAGCGUGCACGGCCAUUAUCUUGCGUCGACUCCAACCUCCCCAGCGGCCAUGUCUCAAAGCAGGCUACAUUGGCGUCCUUCUUCGGACCUAUCCGACGCAGGCGCGGGCCACUGUCCCCCUCCCCUUCCUCCUCACCCGCUACGAAACUCAAGUUCAAGCCCAAGCCAACACCCGACGUCAAGCCCAAGCUUGCCCAGCUCCACUUCAUGAACGGGGCGCAGCGCACCUGUGCCGAAUGCGGCAUGUCCUACGUGAGGGGCGGGGAGGACGACCGCACCCAUGCGCACCACCAUGCCCGAGUGACGCGUGGCAUUCCCUUCCCAAAAAGCCGCGCGGGCGUCGACGCAGGUGCAGUAUCCUGGAGCGGCGGGAGCGCACGCCUUCUGGUCACCGACGGGCGGUGGGAGGACGUGCACUCAACCGUCGACGGAGUGCUCUCAGCCUCUCCUCUGACGCCCAAGAUGCGCGACGCGUGCAAGCUCGUCCUCGCAACAACGACCUCCCCACCCCCCAACGCCAAGCGUGGGGUAAAAGUCGACCGUGAGCGUAUCGUUGGUGUUGUGGUCGCGCAACCUAUCGAGACGGCCAUGCGCGUUUUGCACAGCGGUGAGGAUGUCAAGGACAGCGUUGACAGCGGCGGCGGCGUCGUGUGCGACCCUACACCCCUCCCCACACCACUCGGUAUCCACCGACUCUUUGUCGUGCCCGCAUACCGUCGAUGCGGUCUGGCUCGCGCAAUGCUCGACGCUGCCGCGUCACAUACGGUUUACGGAUGUCGCUUUGAUCCUACAGCCGGGGAAGUCGCGUUCUCUCAGCCCACAGACAGUGGGCGCGCCGUCAUGCAGGCAUGGGGCAAAGGCGCGGUUCGUGUGUUCGACGAGAGCCAGUUGUGACCUGCGAGGGGGGCAACCAAUAAUUCAUUGCCAUUCGUUUUGUAUCCAUUCGCAUUCUCAUUGCAUCUUUCCAUCUGUACAACACCAUCAUGCAUGUUCACUGCACUUGCAUCAAA